CCUGGGAGGAGAGCGCUGGGGAUGGAGCCGGUGGCUUUUGUCGCGGGGAAGUGGCAUCGCCUCCGUUAAGCGACGCUCGGCAGCACGGUUCAGGAAUUCAAUUCCGUGGCAGCGAAGACAUUGGAGCAGGGCUGUAAGGAAAGCACAGCGAACCCUGCUGAGCUCACGGUGCUCGUCGCGGCAGUGGGACGAGCAGCCCCUGGUCUCCCGAAUGGAAAGCUUUCCCCGUGUGCCUGCCAUGAUAAAUCAGCUGCCUGAAUAACAGCAUUCACUGAAGUUACAGUGGGAAACUUGUCUGGCUGGACACUGUGCCAUUGCUGUGCGGAGAGCAGCCGGUGCCGAUCGCUGGCGUUGCGCUGAAAUAUCGCAUUGAUUGCCGCUCCGGAGCUCGGCUGGCAGCACCGGGCUAUUGCAGCCGAGAGGAGCAGGGCGAACACCGGGAGAAAGACGCCGGGGAAAGGCAGGGUUGGAGCAUCUCGCCCUUCUCUCCGGCAAUAAGAAGCGCGCUGGAUGUGUUGGAUGCUGACGGGAGCGGAGGAAGCUGGCACGUCCCUGGGAGGAUUUUCAGCUGAACUUGGCUGGGGGCUCGCUGUCGGCAGCCAGGCGCUCACAGGCGAAGCGGGGAAAAGCAUCUUGUGCUCCCUGAGGCAGCCACCCAGUGAGCAGCAGUGAGUGUCACCCCUGUGCAAGCCCAAGCUGGGAAUACAAGCCAAGAGGGACUGGAGAAUCCCGGGCCAAGGAGGGGAGGAAAAGAGCAGAGGAGAUACUGCACACCAUGGGAGCAAUGAAGCAUCAUCUGCAGUGGGAAUCAUGGUGGGGAUGACACACUACUGGAGAACAAUGCAUUUCCUGGCCUGGUUCAAUUUGCUGCUUCUCCUUCCUUGCUUUGGUACUACAAAAACCUGCUUCCCUGGCUGCCACUGUGAAGUGGAAACCUUUGGUCUCUUUGACAGCUUUAGCUUGACCAAGGUGGACUGCAGUGGAAUAGGCUCACACAUUGUUCCUGUCCCAAUCCCUCUGGACACCUCCUACUUGGAUCUAUCAUCAAACAGACUGGAAACAAUAAAUGAAUCGAUGCUUACUGGCCCUGGAUACACCACCCUGGUGAGUCUCGACCUGAGCUACAAUAAAAUUGCCAAGAUUUCUUCCACAACGUUUUCCAGGCUUCGGUACCUGGAGUCCUUGGAUCUGAGUCAUAACUCUCUGGAAGUCCUUCCGGAGGACUGUUUCUCCAGUUCUCCCCUAAGUGACAUAGAUUUGAGCAAUAACAAACUUUUGGAUAUAGCUAUUGACAUUUUUGCUUCAAAAGGUCAAGGCAAAUCCCUGAAUGUGGAUCUAUCCAAUAAUAUGCUCAGCACAAUUACAAGGCACCAUGAAAGGAGCAUUCCCAACAUCCAGAAUUUAAAUCUUUCUGGAAACAGGCUAACAUUUGUACCAAACCUUCAAGGCAUUCCUCUCCGAUAUUUAAAUCUUGAUGGAAACCCUCUGGUUAAGGUUGAGAAAGGAGACUUCACGAGGCUGAAAGACUUGAUUCAUCUAUCCCUCAGUGGUCUGCAUGGCUUUAGAGAGUUAUCUCCGCAUAGCUUCAAGGAACUUCAAGCCCUCCAGGUUCUGGAUUUAUCCAACAAUCCAAAUUUGAAGUCACUGUCUGCUGAAGUUAUCUUUGGUCUGAACUCCCUACAAGAGCUCAACCUCUCUGGCACAGGCAUAUCAUCCUUGCCAAAGACUUUGCUGAAAUGCCUGCCUUCCAUCAAAAGCAUCACCUUGGGGAAGGACAUACAGUGUCUUAAGACCAUCAAAGAAGGACAGUACCACCGACAAAUUGGGCUGACCAAAAAGGAAGUCCUCAGUUGCCAUGACAGCCGUGGAUCUGUAGCAGCAGCACCUUAUGUUUUGUGAUGAAAGUGGGCAGAAGAAGGGGUAGGCCAGGGAGGGUGCGGGACCAUGGGACUUGUACAGGUGUCGGACUGAGAUGGCUUGCAGUGUGCCUUUUGUAAAACUGUCAAUAAUUUAUAUAUUUGUAUUUGCCAAUAGUUGUUUGUGGAUUUUAUAAACUCUCAAAUCUCGGUCCGCGUUAUCUGCAGGCUCCGGAUUUCACCCGGCGCAUCGAGGUCCUCACUCAUCCCGUCGGCUCAGGAGCGGCGAUGCUGGAUGAUGCGGGGGCAAGUCGCUCUGCAGGUCCCAGGGCAGAACACUCCAUCUGGAGCAAACCCUUCAUGCCUCAGAUGCGUUUGUAGGAGCAAAGCUACACCUCCGCAGAGCACACACCAAAAUGUACCAGCUCUGUAGCUGCUUGCUCACAAACCCAUGCAUCAUCCUUCUUUUAAUUAUUACUCCCCAAAAUGUGCCUUCUGGAUGUUGCCUUCAUUAGCAGCACCCUGUUUUCUGUCAUGCACUUUCAAUCUUGAAGAAACAUUUCCAGACAAACCUGAAUACAGGGUGCACUUAAUGUGCUGGGUUUUACAUGUUAUUUGCAUAGGUGUGCAAUGAACAUUGAGUAAGUCGAGACAUUUUCCCACCAAUUUCUCCUUUUUCCACCUUGAUCCUUUUCAUGUCUAAUUAACUUAGGUCCAGCUUUGGCAACCUCCUGUCUUUUUACUCUCAGUGAGCCAUUGGUCAGAGAUGAUGUGCAGCAGAGGAAGGGAAGCAGAGGGGUCUGCUAACAGCCACAUCUCCCCCAGGAACUAGCCUUUGAUGAAGAAGGUUGCAAAGGGAAGAGAUCAUGUAGCCUAGCUCAGAAAAAAAGAAAAAUAAAAAAAUGGAAAAGAAUCCCUCCUCCCUUUCUGGGGAAGCUUGGAAGGAAACUUUGACAGGGCUUCUUUCUUGAUGACCAAGAUGCAGUCCUAGAGGAUAUGAGAGUAAGUUGUUUCCAGGCUGACAUUCCCCAUCUGAACACAACAUCUGCAGCUCAUCUGGGCAUAUGUGAGGCAGCUUGCAGUGCCAAAACACUUCUGAGAACGUGCUGGGGAAGAAUUAACACUGAUGCUAGUGGUCCUGGAGCACUUAGCUUAUCAGAGAAAAGAUCUUUGGGUUUUUUCCCAGAGUUUCGGCUUUUCUUUCUCUCACACAGCUCCUUGGUUGCCAAGUGAAUCUGAUAAACUGAAAUCUGAUAAAAAGCCUAGUCCUCAAAGUUUUACUGAUUUUUUUUCUCCCCCCAUUGCUGAAAUGCUGGCAAAGGGGAACCCUUCUGGACCCUCUUUUUCUCCAGUCUAGGAGGAAGUGGGAGAAGGCAGUAUAACAUGACUCAGUGCCAAGUGUGAAGCCUUCAAUUUGCUAAUUAGGAGCAGUGGAAGUGACUGCUGAAGUCUGGUCCACAUCUGGCAUGCUCUCUCCAGGGGCAUGUGAUGUUGUGGAUGGGGGUCAUGCUCAAGCUGAUCUGCAGUUUGGUCUCUAAAUCCAGCCCUGCAUCAGGGUCACUUUCAAUGUUUGAUUUAGGGAGAUCUGUGUAAAGGUGGUACAGAUAUAAACUCAUCUCACAACUGUCCUUGGGAGUGUUGGAAGAAGCUCAGGUUUUGUUCUCAUACCCUCAAAAUUCUUGGAAGGUGGAAACCCUGUUACCCAAACCCUCUGACUCCAUAAAAGUCAGAGUCAACAACCAACUUUGGAUACUGAAAUUUGGUACUGAAAUACUCCCACAUUUCUAUCUGUCUCAAUUUCAAUAAUUUGUUUGGGUAGCUCAGGGUGGGAUUUUCACCCCUUCCUUCAGUUUUGGGGAUUUUUUCCUCUACCACGCCUUUGCAAUGUUUGACCAGCUUUCACAAUCACAGGAAAGGUUUAUUUUCUUAAAAAGGCAAUGGGGCUGCCUAUGGGCAGAGAUCUGGGGGGGAACAGAAACUAAUUGCAGUGCAGGACAGGGGCAGUUUGUGAGGAAAGAUGUGGGGGUUUUACUGGAUUUUGCCUUUUUAAGAGAAUCAUUUUCUGCUGGCAGAAAAUGUAUUUUUUUUAAAGAAAAAUACAUUUUAAAAAUACUGUUUACUUUUUUAAGCCUGUACAUAGAUGAAACAUUACGGUUAUCACCUACUGUCAAAGUUACUGUCUUUGUAACACUGUGGUAAAUUUAAAACCCAAUGUGACAAUCCAAUUGAAGACUGCAAGAUUUCCUUGUGUAAUCUCAUGCUAGCUGCUAGCUAAACUAGUCUUAGCAAAAGCUGGCAAAUACUAUUGCUGUGUUAGUCUGUUUUUUUAAAAAACCUCUGCAGCAUUGUAAGGCUUUGUGAUUACUCACAAUAUAAUAAAGUGAUUUGGAGGAGAAUAAACCCA